AUGACCUUUAAACAAACUCAAGAAUUUGAAAAUGAAAUUGAAAAAUGUCUCGAGCUUCUCAGCCCUUCUACCUCUGACGAGGAAAAAUUUGUGGCCCUCAUGUUAUUACCACGAUUUCUCAAGCAGGACCCGAAUAACGUCAAAGUAGUUUUUGAAGCCAUGGACUUCAAGUUCCUGGAAAGACUUUUAAGAACGAAAAGCUCAACGACCACGGAAGUAUCCGAAACAACUUUAAAAGCGAUAGCUGUUCAGAUAUUAUAUUGUUUUUGUGGUUUGGAUGAACUGCUAUCAAAAAAACAAUUGCUUGCACGAAUUCCUUCGCUAGCAAACUCGAUAGCACCGAAUGAUAAUAAUGAAAUGACAAAAGAUAUCUUGAAGAUAUUUAUGAGAUUAUCUUCAACGCAAGAUGCAUUGAUUCGAAUGACACAAAUGGAAACGCUUUCCAAAAUACUUUUAUGCGUAACUUCUAGCCAGGAUGAGGAAGUGAAAAGCUUGGGGUUGCAGGUUAUUCGUCAUAUUGCGCACGGUAUAUUUACUAUCUUGACCAAAGAAGAAACUUUCCUAAACACAAUUUCGCUGGAGGAUGCUUUGUCCUCGAUACUUUUUGCGCUAUCAUCUUCAUUUCGUGUUAAUCAGAGCCAACUGAAAUUUGAUAUUCUUGAAGCACUUACUGAGAUUUUUUCUAAUUUUUCUGAAAAGGGGAAAAUUAAUUUUAAACCACAACAAUCAACUAUCUGGCUACAAAACAUGCGAUUUGGAUUGCGUGAAAUCUUGAGCAGUAGAAUUGGCACGCAACAACGUGACAAAGCACUCUCGCUUAUCCAUCAUUUGUUAUUUCAUUUUGGUGCUGAAUGGCUAUUUUCAUCACCUGAAAAACCAGCCGACAAAGAAAGCAAAGACACGAAAUUUGGUGCAUUGGUUGUCCAGUUGGCUUGUGUAGAGAUUCGCUUAAUUUUAGAUGAACUAGCGGAACAACAAUCAAAAAAUAACAAAGAUAUAAACUCGCGACAUGAGCAAAUAUUACCAGCCUGUUAUUUUAUUUUGGAGAAAACCAUCGAAUAUCUAUCACAAAUAUCUGAAGGUGAUAAUGACGAGAGUGCAAUGGCAACAUUUGUUAGUAAUUUUGAUCCUGAUCUGUUACUGCGUCUGCGGAGCGUUAUGACAGAAACAUUCCGCAUAAUUAUCGAGUAUCUAUUAGAUGUCAAGAAUGGCCUGGUCUCUAUCGAAGAGGCUGCACAUGAUUCAACGAUUAUUGCUAGCAUUCGAGUACUGUCAGCUUGGUUGUCCGAAGAAAAUUCAUUAGAAAAAGAAGUUUGUUCAAUAAUACCUUUGCUUAUCGAUUUAUCUCGAUAUAGAUUAAAAAAUGACAUGGAUUCAAAUCUAUUAAAUAUCCUCAUACCUGCUUUCUUGAAUCUCACAUCACAAGAUGCUCCGCGUGAAACAUUUAUCGAUCACAAUGGACAGGAAAUUCUGUUCACUCAUAUAACCAAAACUUGGACAAAUUCUUCGAUCAAUGAAUUUAAUUCCAUAUCGGAGACAAACUAUAACGACCUUCUUGGUUCACUGCAAAUUUUACUGAAUCUUCUUGUCUCUGAAAAAGAGAAUUUUAUCGCACCGAAUGAAAAUGAACUCUGGAAAAUCGUCAAAAUUGGGGAACAAAUUGCUCAAGUUUUCGGCUCGAGAUUAAAGUCAGAAGAUUAUCCUUCAUCUAUGGCAAAUCAAAUGAUCCUUGUGGCAAAUACACUGUUAUUCUGCCUUUUGGUGAUCUCAUCAACUGAACAAUUGGACUCGACCGAGAGCGCAACAGCAGAAAAUAUAACCCGACUUGCUGUUAAUUUCUAUCAAGACAAAAAGAAAUUAAUGUCCGAACCGAGUAUUAGGAGACAAAUUGAGGAGUUAAUCUUCUUGGGUGAAAGGAUUUUAAAGUGA